UUCAUAGGAGUCACAAUGUCAUGUGACACUGGAAAGGUGUUUAAGACCAGCCAGCUAUGUCUUUAUCAACUGUUUAAAACUGGCCACGUGACAGGCUCUCAACCAACUGUCUUAGCUUUAGAAGUCAGCACAGCCAGCUAUGAACCAGAAGUGACCACUGCUCCAGCGGCGUUACUGGAGUUUGUCAACAAACCCGUGGACGUGACCAACUUACAGCUAGGGGACCCUGUCAAGCAACAGUGCAGCGUCAACCUAGAGGGCGCUACGGUCAAGUGGUUUAAGGAAAACAGAGAACUACCAGCAGGUGAAUCCACUGAGGGAGUUUACAUCGCAGAGGUUCCCGGGGGAAGCACCCUGAUUAUCCCAGUCUUUGAGGCAGAACAUGAAGGCAUCUACUCGUGCCAGGCGCAACUGCAUGAGCAACCCGCCAUAAAGGCUCCUAUAGUGCUUCGAAUUGGUGAAGAGUCGUCAAACGUGGAGUCCAUAUCCCCAGACUACAUCAGCAGUGAAGCCGAGGGAUUUGUUGACUUUCUGACCACGCCUGAGGACGCUACCGUCACGGACGGCGCGGAUCACGUCCUGUCCUGCUCAGCCGCAGGAAGUCCUCACAUCAUCUGGGAGAAAGACGGUACGGGAGUCGUCUACAAUGAGAGAAUCUACCCCAUCUUCGCGGACAACCUGUUGGUCGGCGACGCCAGGGUGACUGACAGUGGGACGUACUCCUGCGUGGUGUACAGCGAAGAGGAUGUCAAGCUCGGCUCGGUCUCGGCCCAACUGACAGUCAGAUCCAGUCUGGAUGUGUCAGAUGUCUGUGGUCUUGUGACGGCCAGGGAGGCUGCAAACUCUACAAAGCCAAAGGACAAAUUCCGUAUCGUAAACGGCGAGGUUGCCCAGAAGGGAUCAUCCCCAUGGAUUGCCCGGCUUUGGCAUCGACAUCAUACCGAACACUUCUGCGGCGGAUCCCUGAUCAACUAUCGCUGGGUGGUCACUGCAGCACACUGCAUCAAGGGGCCAGAUCAUUACUACCAGGCCGAGCAAAUCGAGGUCCGUUUGGGCGAUCACGAUUCGAUGAAUAUCGAAGACAGUGAGAUGAAGUUCCGAGUCUCUCGGAUUGUGCUUCAUGAGGACUAUCGAAGGGAUUCCUUCGACAACGACAUCGCCUUGCUGGAGUUAGAUCCAAGGGUACCAGAGUUUACGGAGUACGUCUGCCCGAUUUGCCUGCCCAAGUUGCGGCUCUCGGAGAGGUUACUGGUGCCUGGGGAGGAUGCCCGUAUCGUUGGCUGGGGUAGGAUCAUCUCUCGAGGAAGUUACCCGAGGUAUCUACGGGAAGUCUACGUUCCCAUUGUCCCUGAGGUGACAUGUCGAGAGUCAGCAGGCAGUUACCUGACUGGUAACAUGUUCUGCGCCGGGUUUCGGCAGGCUGCGCAAGGUGACGCAUGCCAGGGGGACAGCGGGGGACCUCUGGCAAUGAAGAAGGGCAACAAGUGGCACCUGCUGGGGGUUAUUAGCUGGGGUGAGGGGUGCUCCCAGGCUGAGAAGUAUGGAUUCUACAGCAAAGUCGUCAAUUAUGUCACCUGGAUGAGAGAUGUUAUGACUGAAGUUGGUGAAGAGUUGUCAAGCAUUGAGUCCAUACCCUUAGACUACAUCAGCAGUGAGGUUGAGGAAUCUGUUGACUUUCUGACCACGCCUGAGGACGCUACCAUCACGGACGGCGCGGAUCACGUCCUGUCCUGCUCAGCCGCAGGAAGUCCUCACAUCAUCUGGGAGAAAGACGGUACGACAGUCAUCUACAAUGAGAGAAUCUACCCCAUCUUUGCAGACAACCUGGUGGUCGGCGGCGCCAGGGUGACUGACAGUGGGACGUACUCCUGCGUGGUGUACAGCGAAGAGGAUGUCAAGCUUGACUCGGUCUCGGCCCAACUGACAGUCAGAUCCAGUCUGGAUGUGUCAGAUGUCUGUGGCCUUGUGACGGCCAGGGAGGCUGCAAACUCUACAAAGCCAAAGGACAAAUUCCGCAUCGUAAACGGCGAGGUUGCCCAGAAGGGAUCAUCCCCGUGGAUUGCCCGGCUUUGGCAUCGUCAUCUUGCCAAACACUUCUGCGGCGGAUCCCUGAUCAACUAUCGCUGGGUGGUCACUGCAGCACACUGCAUCAAGGGGCCAGAUCAUUACUACCAGACUGAGCAAAUCGAGGUCCGUUUGGGCGAUCACGAUUCGACAGUUAUCGAAGACAGCGAGAUGAAGUUCCGAGUCUCUCGGAUUGUGCUUCAUGAGGACUAUCGAAGGGAUUCCUUCGACAACGACUUCGCCUUCGACAACGACAACGACAUCGCCUUGCUGGAGUUAGAUCCAAGGGUACCAGAGUUUACGGAGUACAUCUGCCCGAUUUGCCUGCCCAAGUUGCGGCUCUCGGAGAGGUUACUGGUGCCUGGGGAGGAUGCCCGUAUCGCUGGCUGGGGUAGGAUCAUCUUUCGAGGAAGUUACCCGAGGUAUCUACGGGAAGUCUACGUUCCCAUUGUCCCUGAGGUGACAUGUCGAGAGUCGGCAGGCAGUCUCCUGACUGGUAACAUGUUCUGCGCCGGGUUUCGGCAGGCUGCGCAAGGUGACGCAUGCCAGGGGGACAGCGGGGGACCUCUGGCAAUGAAGAAGGGCAACAAGUGGCACCUGCUGGGGGUUAUUAGCUGGGGUGACGGGUGCUCCCAGGCUGAGAAGUAUGGAUUCUACAGCAAAGUCGUCAAUUAUGUCACCUGGAUGAGAGAUGUUAUGACUGAAGGCAUGUAAUCAUUCCAGAAAGGAAAGUUUGCCUUUUUCAAAAAUAAUUUCGCCUUAUAUUGCCAAGCUAGGAUUAGACAUUGUUGUGUGCGUUCUAGUAUGCCCCCGCCUCUAGUUGCCAAAAACAUAACGUGGCCAUGAAUGGAAAGCGCUUUUUUUUCUUGAACAGUUGAAGAGACUGCUUUCCCCAAACCAAUAUUCAUGUCACAGGUUCUGUAAAAAUGUCAGUCUGAGCUUUAUGAAAUGGCCCAAAAUGAAAGAGAAUUGAAUCAGUUACGUCUGUGCCCAUGUUUUGGGAACUGCUUGGCAAAUAUACACAGUCAAACACUGUAAAUACAAGCUCAAUCAUAUUAUCCUGUAUUUUACAAUAUGUGAAGUGAUGGUUUUUCCCAUUCCAGAUUUUCAUUGUUAUUAAACCGCAGCACAGAUUUAUGAGCAGGUUUGCGUUUUAAUAGCGCGACAAUUAUUGGCACCUUACUCCUGGAUUUAGUGAGAAUGAGUAAUUGAAGAGACACUUUCAAAAUGUACUCAUUGUAACGUUGUUGAUAAUGCUGCAACCAGGCCGAUGUACACGCUCGUCGUACUCAUGCUACCACUGCUCGUAUUAAGCAGAUUUCCUCUCAUAGAUAUGUGUACGUUUUGGUCGGGACUGACGAAAUGUGUACGUUGCAAAUGUUAUCUCGUUCAAACCACUUUGUGUAAUAAUUGUGCUUGACUGUAAUGCUUUUGGCAAUUUUGACAAAUUUAGUAGAAAAGCAGAUAUCAUUUUGGCUUCUUUUAUCCUAAAAUCACAUUAACUGUAUCAAUAUAAUAAAACUAGUGCGUGUAUGCUUAUACUGCUUAGGUUUUUUAUAUACAUGUACUGUAAAACAUGCGCCAAAAAUAUGUAUUUGUAAUCUGCAGUUGCUUUACAUGUCUUGCCUUCUGAAAGUGUUAUUUCUUUGUACUAGAAUACACGUCAACUUCUUGUGCAUGUUUCUUGAAAAUGUUUAUAAUGUUGAACACGUGGAAUAAAAUGCAAUUAUGGAAAGAAAACUUUAGGCAUGUAGAAAGUAUAUUCCGUACCCGUUUGGACAAAAUUAAAAAACCAAAAAGGGAGAAACUCAAAUUUGUGUUCAUAUGUUCACUUUAUGUAAAUUUAUUCAGUGUGCAUGAUUGACCAGUAAUGCGAACAGGUUUGUAAUUGUAUUAUUAAAAUAAAAUUAUGAACAAAGACAUAUUGUAAGCAGAGUUAGCGUGAAUCAAUUGAAUUUAAAUAUA